CUUUAUUAAUCGCAAGGCUAGAGCUAUAAGUAAACAAGCUUACUUUUAUGAGUAAUUAUAACCGAUCAAAACAUUUUGUUAGUUUCCGAAGAAACACUUUGAAGAUGAAGCUGGAGCUGGAACAAUGCGGCAGAGCAAGAAACCCACAUGUCCUAGUGCUACCGUGUCCAGCACAGGGACACCUGAACCCAGCCCUCCAAUUCUCCAAGCUCCUCACCUCCAAAGGCGUCAACGUAACUCUUGUCAUCGUCACUGCCACCGAGUUGAGCUGCGGUCAACUCGGCUCAGUGCAGGUGAAGCAACUCUCCUACUCCGACUCCACCGAAAAUUGUGAAGAAGAGGAAGAUGAAGAACGAGACGGAUAUGGCAAUUGCGACCUAUUGAAGCAAUACAGAAAGACCCUGAAAAUGAAACUCCCCGGGGUGGUUUCCGAAGUAGAGGCGGGCGGCGACCGAGUGGUGUGCCUGGUCUAUGACUCGCUGCUUUGGUGGUGUUUAGGCGUUGCCAAGAAGCUGAACCUGGUCGGGGCUGCUUUCUUCACGCAGUCGUGCAGUGUGGACGCCAUCUACUGCGGGGUUCGGGAAGGUCGGGUCAGGGUUCCGGUGGGUUUGGAUGAGAGGAAUGAGGUUUUUGUGGAGGGGAUUGGGCGGAUGCUUGAGCUCCAUGACCUGCCUUCCUUCUUCUUUGAACCGGAGGACCCGCCCGGUUCGUUCGACUUGCUUUCUGCCCAGUUUACCAAUGUCGGGUUAGCUGAUUGGGUUUUCUGCAACACCUUCACUACCUUGGAGGCAGAGGUACUAGAGUACAUGGGCAGCCGGUUCAAAUUCAAGCCGGUCGGACCAACAAUCCCAUCAACCUAUCUGGGCAAGCAACUGGCCGGCGACACUGCCCACGACUACGGCCUCAGCUACUUCAAACCCAAACCCGAGGCCAAUAACUACGUGGCAGAAUGGCUGGACUCCAAGGAACAGGGCUCGGUGGUCUACGUCUCAUUCGGCAGCCUGGUCGCCGUGUCAGGGGAACAAAUCGCAGAAGUAGCCGCCGCCCUGAAAGCGACCGACUACCCUUUCCUCUGGGUGGUCAGGGAAUCGGAAGAGUCCAAACUGCCCCAGAACUUUCUCCGCGAGACGUCCCAAAACGGCGUCGUUUUGAGGUGGUGCAGCCAGCUGGAAGUCCUGGCCCACAGGUCAACGGGUUGUUUUCUGACGCACUGCGGGUGGAACUCGACGAUGGAAGCGAUGAGCCUGGGAGUGCCGAUGGUCGGGGUGCCGUGGGUGUCGGACCAGACCACCAACGCCAAGUUCAUCGCCGACGUGUGGAAGGUUGGUGUCAGGGUGGUGAAGAAGACGGAGAAGAGCGUUGUGGAGAGGGAGGAGAUCGGCGCGGCGGUGAUUGAAGUGAUGGAAGGGGAGAUGGGGAAGAGGAUUCGAAGGAAUGCGGAGAAGUGGAAGGGGAUAGCUCGAGCUGCUGCGGCAAAAGGAGGGAGCUCCGACAAGAACAUUGAGGAGUUUGUUGCUGAGCUUGAGGUAUACAACUCCCAGCAAAGACUUUGAUGUUGCUAAUUUGACUUUUUCAUUGUCUGUUGUUGAAUCUGAACUGAGAAAGGGGAAGCAAAAAUGGGAAGAGGGGGGGAGUACAAUGAAAUAAAAUGUAAGAAUAUUAUUGGAAAGAAUUGAUGUAAGCUACUGAUUUGCGACUGUCAAAAGAG